CUGCUGCCGGCUGCCCUGCUUCUCUGCACCGUGAUUCAGCCCCACAGGCCUGCCUGCCUCUCCUCUCUGUCUCUGGAGCACACAGGUCUGGCAGCGUAGGGGCUGCAGGGAGCUGUCACUCACAUCGCUGCUGUUCUCUCUGUGCUCCAUGUCAGAGUUUUGGUUAUUUUUUUUGUUUUUUGUCCUGUGUGGGAGGGAGCACCAGUCCGGACUGCGAGGAGAGAGGGGGGCUGGCUCCCUGGGAAGACAGGAGUGCAAUCGAGGGAUCGAGGGUGCGGGGCCCUGCACUUCUUCGUCUCUCUCUCUCUCUCUCUCUCUCUCUCUUCCUCUCUCUCCUCACCACCGGCCUGAAAAAGAAGCAGGAGAAAUGGAUUAAAAAGAGGAGAAAGGAAAGGCAGACGGUUUUUUCAUUUUCCUGGAUGAACACAGAACUGUCUGGAGGCUUCAGAGCAGAUAUUGAUAUUUUAAUUUGCUUUGGAUACGGCAAACAUUCGUGGAAACGAAAAAACGAUCCAGAUGCAAGGAUAUCGGAGAGAGACAAGAACCUGACUGAGACCCUGUGCACUGGAUACAAGCUGCCAGACCCCAGCGCUCAGAGCUACGACGAGUGUUUCAACAGCAUUCGCAGGGUCUUCGUGGAGGACCGGUCCGUGGCGCUGGCUGGGAGAGUGGUUUACACGUACAAAUAUCUCCUCACGACGGCAGCCAAGCAGUUCAAAUCUGAAGCCUGGAAACUCCCCCGAGCCUCCGGGUGCGUCCCUCCCUGCGGCUAUCAGAAGUCUGGGGCCGUCUAUAACUGUGUCACCUGCAAAUACGAUGGCUGUGGAUUCCCUCUGGACUGCCCCAUCGUGGAGAAGACGGUUCACGAGAAGAACAGGACUGCGCUGGAGUGCAGCGUCGACAUCGAGAUCCCACGGGACGCGCAGUUCAACUGGAAUUACGUCAAAGAGGUGAAGACGAACAGCCUGAACCUGUUCAAAGUGGUGACCUCAGGCUCGGACCGCUGGCUCACGAUCUUGAGAACGCGCCGCAGUCAGCAGGGGACCUACAUGUGUGAGAUCUUCGACCAGGAGAAAUCCAUCGUGCGGCUCUUCUUCUUCCUCAGGGUGAUAUCUAAGAAUCAGAUUGCAGAGGCCGAGUUGCAGGAGCUCUUUGACUCGUCUCUUCACUCUGACUGGGAGGGAGCCGAGACUGAGGCUAAGGGUGAGGCCACCUCCCGGUCCCGCCUCACCAGCGCCAUCGACUUCCUGCUCACCCCCGGCAACCUGAGCCAGGACGUUUUCAUCUACAUCACUGUGUGCGUGUCCGCCCUGCUGCUGCUGCCGCUCCUGUGCACAGGGAUUGUAUACUGGUGGGCGACCAAGACCUGAAUCAGCCCUGGAGAGCUCAGAGUGAUCAGCCCUCUCCGAUUAAUACAAAACUGUGCACAGUUUCAAAGGACUGUCAGCCAUGCCUGCUAUUUACAAUACAAUACAAUACAAUACAAUACAAUGCAAUGCAAUGAAACUCCUCUCUGCCUGUUUGUAGAACUUCAUCUACACCGCUUCCAAAGUUCUGCAGUCCUGCGGGCCGACAGUAGGUGGCGCACUGAUGACUGCAGUGCCUGCAGCAAGCUGUAACUUGCCAAUAUAGCCUGAAAACAUUGAAAAACAGUCCGUCUUAAUCCAGGCUGAGCUCAAAUUACCGAGCUAAACACACAGGUUACAAACUGCACAAUUCAAUCUGGCAACGAAAUGCAACUGGCAGCAAACCAUUGCAAUUACACAGUGAUCCAACAAUGUAACGAGUAAUCUGGGAUAUAUGACUUCUAUAGGAAAGUAAUCGGUAAUAUUUAACAUCAAUCAGAAGUAUAUCAUUUUCCUUUUUUUCAUAUUAACUUCCCAAAAUAUACAU